UUGAUGCGAGGCGGUCGCUAGGAGACGCCACGCGUGAUUCGACGCGUUGGGUCAAUUAGUCCAGGACCAAUCCGUGGCCGGGGCGGGAAUAACAGGGAGGGGCUUCCUGUCUCCAAUCGGAAGUGCUAGGGGGCGGGUCUGCCAGUCUGUGGACGUCACGGCGCCAUGAACAUCUUGCCCAAGAAGAGCUGGCACGUCCGGAACAAGGACAAUGUCGCCCGCGUGCGACGUGACGAGGCCCAGGCCCGGGAGGAGGAGAAAGAGCGUGAGCGGAGGGUGCUGCUCGCUCAGCAAGAGGCCCGCACAGAAUUCCUACGGAAAAAAGCCAGGCAUCAGAACUCACUACCUGAGCUCGAAGCAGCAGACACAGGAGCCCCGAGUUCUGGCCCCGUGGACCUGUUUCGGGAGCUGCUGGAGGAAGGGAAAGGGGUGACCAGAAGCAACAAAGAGUACGAGGAAGAAAAGCGCCAGGAGAAAGAGAGGCAGGAGAAAGCUCUGGGCAUCCUGACAUACCUGGGCCAGAGUGCAGCAGAAGCCCAGACUCAGCCCCCUUGGUACCAGCUGCCUCCGGAUCGAAGGGCCCCCCCACCCGGCCCAGGACCAGAUGUGAAGAUCAAGAACCGUCUGGACCCUCUGCUGGAGAUGCAGAAGCAUUUGGGGAAGAAGAGAAGGCACAGUGGUGACCAUGGCAGACACAGCAGAAAGGAAGAGGCGUCUGAGAAACAGCGGCCCAAAGAGUCCCCAUCCCUGGACCAGCUUCGAGCUGAACGCCUUCGGAGGGAAGCGGCUGAGCGGGCACGGGCGGAGGCCCUACUGGCAAGGGUCCGAGGGGGGGCACCCCAGGAGGAGCAGCCAGAAGAGGCAGAUGAUCGGCGGAGGCGGUACAACUCCCAGUUCAACCCCCAGCUGGCCCGGCGCCCCCGCUGGCAGGACCCUCCUCUGGCUCACUGACUCCUGAGGGGUAUAGGAGAGGCUGCUGCUGCCAGCCGUCAUAUAAAACUAUUUAUUCAUAAAUAUUUUCCAAAAUGAAAA